AUGUGUUCUUUUAAAAUUUUUUUUUCUUCUUGUUUUUUCUUGUGGCGCCGGAAGUGUAGGUACGCUAAUCUCCUCGCCAAGCAACAACCCGAAGUCAUGCUAACGUCUCAAGAGGUUGCCUGCCAAUUCAUCCCCGCGUUCUUUGAACGCCUCGCGUCCAACCCCGCGGAGCUCGCGGAAAUGUACGGCCCGAACUCGUCCUUAACAAUCGUAGACUUCGUAUACGGCACAACAGAAGUCCGAAACGAGGACGUCCCUCGGGCUGUAGAGCAAUGGGCUCAGAUUCUUCAGGGGUGCGAGCUCUGCGUGGAGAGCUACUCCGCCGUCCCCUUGUACGGUGGAGUGAGCGUGUACGUGACAAUGUUUGCUGAGUCUAAGACGACACGUCACUACUUUCAGUUUGUCAACAUUCUUGAGGCAUACGGCGCGGGGGCCUACGGCUCGGAGGCGUACUUUAUCCGUCACCAGAUUCUGAUACGCCCUGGAUCCGCUGAGACGGAACAGCCGGAGCCGGAGGUCAUGCCCGACCAAGAGCCAAAAUUAGGAGUUUCUCCCGAGGCAGUGGAAAGUUCAGCAUUACUCACAUCCCGGUCAGCGGCAGACGAAGAAAGGAAAGAACAGCAGCAACAGAAGAAGAAUACUACUACCGUUGUUGGUCUUCAGGCAGCUGCAGCUGCAGCAACGCCAGAUAAGACAGCUGCUGUUGAGCCAGAGACCGCAGCUACCGUGCAGCGACAACAGCCACCGGUGCCAUCGAAGCCAAAGACAUGGGCUAGCCUUGCCAGCGCUCAGCCGAAGGGGGAGCAGCGCCAGCCACUGAGAGUGAUUAUCCCCGAGAAUGGCGGGAAUGCCGAUGCCACUGAGGUCCAUGCCCCGGCAAAGCCGACCCAGACAGAGCAACGGCAUACAUCAUCAUCUGCGGGAGGUGCAGGGGCCACAAAGCCCCCUGCCAAGUUUCCUCGUUCCCCUGCUGUUUCUAUUGGUGAUCGCCUCAUGUUCAACAUUGAUUAUGAGGUUUCAGAUGAGGAGAUUAAGACGGCCUUUGGUCCACUGGCAGCUAACAUUGUCUCCCUCCGCAACAACUCUGCCAAUGGCCACGUCUUCCUUGACUUUUCGGAUAAAGAAAAGGUUAUGGACAUAAUUAAGGCCAAUCCACCGACAGUCGGGGCCCGCAAGACUCGUGUGAGCAUCUACCGCCAGAGGACGAGGCAGCAAGGAGAGAACAACGAAAAUAGGACUCACUGA